AUGUCAAUUACGAGAAUAAGGGCUUUGCAGAAGCUAGGAGCUCUUGAUGGCUCUCAUCUCAGCUACAAGUCCAAACAGACACCCGCAUCAUGGGUUGUCCGCACGCCCGCCACAUCCACGUUGCCCUGGGGGCGACGCUCCUUCAGAUCGACAACAGUGAAUGGUAAUAAGGCCCCUGGCGAUGAAAGCAAGAAUCAAUCGACCGACAACCAAAUACCUCAGCUUUCUCCUUCCGACAACAAUUUGCUCCUCAAAUCCCAAUUCGAAAUUCACGGGGAUAUCAGAGAAUAUUUGCGAAGAUGGCAGGAGACCAAUCCUCCUGUAUUGGAUCCCCUCAUGAGAGCAACCGGUGAUCAGUCAGUUCAAGACUCCGGCCAGAUCGUGGGCAACAUGCCAAACGGCCGAGAAGCUAGAGAACUCUGGGGCGAUCCAAACCGACCGCAGCAGGAGAGCCUACAUACAGAGGAAUAUGAAGGCGAAUUUCUUGAGCCAGGCGAUCUUGUUGCCCGGUUAAACGCCGAUGGAAUCUUCAAUUAUGCGAUCUAUGUCCGGUCUGUCCAUAAGCAAAAGCAGUUUUAUAGCUCCAACGGGAAUUGGCGCAUUUGCUCUAACAUGGAACUUGAUUAUGUGAUCAAAGACUUUGCUCCGGUUGAACUGAUUGAGCCUCUGAAGCCUUGGUUCCCAGACACAGAAGCUAUUGCGAACGAAGAUCUUCAACUAGCGCCAGAGGGUGGUUUACCUCGGUCAGUGGGUGGUCAACUUUUGGAGAUGAUGAAUAACUUCAAAACCCACACCUUGGCGUUUUACAGAGAAAAUUCCCAGGUUCUGGAUGAUCUGCACAGCCAGGUGGCAGAUGAGACAGAAAUUCUUCAUCUCACACUCGAACAAUUGACAAUGAAUGUUCUUGGUAUCGAAGAGGACGAGCUCACCAGCGUCAAUAUCUUUGCUGUUCAUCAGGCUGUCCGUCGCUUUCCUUUCCUCGUUGAAAAAGAGUCGAGCUCUGUGUUCAGUCGGAUGUACAUUGUGCAACCGAAAAGAAUUGCCAAUAUUGUCAAGCAAGUUGUCGAUUGGACUCACGAACACCAAGAUCAUUGCGUUCAGAGUGUAUUGGCGAAGAGCACCCAAAAGCAAAUGAGCGGCCAUCCCAUGCAGCAAUUCCUGUCUAAGGCACAGCGGUUGAUUCGUUUGAGCCGAAAGGUUCGCUCUCCCACUGUAAUGUCCAGCGUCGGUCCAUCGUCCCAGAGAUUCCCGGCGAACAAGGACGGAAAUCCGAUGGUUUACCGAGAGAUGCCCACUGAGCAGUUCAACGCGAACGAUCAGAUGAUCAUUGAAUAUCUGCAGCUCUAUGCUGUCCCUACUAUCAUCAUGCCCUCUGGCACUUUGAGAUCGACCGCAACACACAUCAUGAGAGCGACGGGCAUGUACAACGCCAUUGGUCUGAGCGAGGCUUCAACGCGGCUUCUGCUGCAAGAGCUUGGUGUGAUCGCGCCAUGGGAAAACCUGUUCCCACUUGACCAAUAUCUGAUGCUUCCUGGUCACGGGGUGUCACUUGCAAAGGAUUUGGAGGCCGAAGAAGUUGUGCAGUCAUGCCAGAAUAUCGCAACUGAGCGGUUGCAAGAUUCCAUGCAAGACUUGAGGAAGGACUGGGGAGAUAUGCCUGUGUAUUGUGUGGAUGAUGUGACAGCACAGGAGAUCGAUGAUGGUAUCUCAUUGGAGAAGAUUCCAGGUUCAAGCAACGAGUUCUGGGUGCACGUCCAUGUGGCCAAUCCAACGGCAUUCCUUCAACAUGACGACCCUAUCAUUGAAUAUGCGUCGACACGCCUGUCCACAUCCUACCUUCCAGAACGCACCUAUCCUAUGCUUCCCAAUACCCUCACUGAGCCUAACUUCAGCUUGGCUGCUGGCCGGCCUGUGCUCACGUUCAGUGCCAAGAUGAACUUGCAAGGCGAACUCCUGGAUAGUAAAAUUCAAAACGGCACGAUUCACAACGUCAUCAACAUGACGCAUAAAACACUGCGUGGCGUCUUCAAUUCCGAGUCCGAUGCAACCUCCAAGCCUCUGAUUGUGGGUGGUGAGUACACCAGCCCACAGCAACCUGAAGGCAAAAUCAUUCAAGAGUCCCUUCGCCCCGAGGAACUGGAGAAUUUCCACACCAUGCGACAACUGAUGUUGGCUUUCCGCGAAAUCCGAAAGGGGAAUGGUGCCAUGGACUCCACGCCUCUUCGUCCAAACCUUGCCAUCUCAGUCCAGGCAGGCAGCGAGGGAAUGAAACCCUAUGAGAUGCAAGCUUCACAAGGACGGUACUAUCUUGGAGACCCAGUUAUCCGCCUCUCCCUCAACGAAAAAUUCGACCCGUACGAGGUUCGUGACCAAUCCAAAGACAACUUGAUCUCGCUUGUGAUGAACUUAGCUGGACACGUCUCUGGCCAAUUCUGUGCUGCCCGUAACAUCCCGGCCAUCUUCGAUGGAACCUGGUAUGAUCCAGAAUACGGGCGCCUCACCAACAAGAACCUCAAUCAGUUUGGUGGCGAAGGCUUUUUCCAAAUGGUUGCCCCUCUGGCUCGAUCAUCGACCAGCCCAAUUCAUCACCACUUCCUGGGUCUUCCGGCAUACGUCAAAAGUACGAGUCCACUACGUCGGUAUACAGACAUAGUUGCACACUAUCAGAUUGAGGCAGCUUUGCGCUUUGAGCAUGAGCAUGGCCGUCAAUUCAACGCCCUGACAGACAGCCCUGAUCCCGCUGCCGACCUGGCCGACGUUGAUGGGGUCUCUCCGAACGAUUCUUCUUCCACUCCAACCUCCCUCCUCCCCUUCUCCAAGUCCACACUGGACGCCUACAUUUCCAACACACAACCUCUCCGCACACAUCUCCGCUGGCUCGAUACCUUCUCCUCCCAACAUUGGGCGUGCAUGCUUCUCUUCCGCGCAUUCUAUUUCGACGAAUGUGCUCUUCCCGAUACAUUCCCCUGUGUACUCCGUACGCCUCGUCAAAGGCCCAAACAGUUCGACACGGAAUAUUCUGCGGUGAUUGCCAACAUGGGACUGAAUUGCGCGGUGACGAUUCCAGAGGACUUUGCCGAUAAAGACAAACUGGACACUUUCUGUCUUGUUGAUGCCCGUAUUACCGCAGUCGAUAUGGCUACUUUUGAGGUCACACUCGAGGCUACUCGAUUUGUAAAGCCAUUCGAGAGAACGGGCGAGUGGGCUUAA